GCAUCUUUAUAUUUUGUUGAACUGUGACUGCUGCUACCAAACAGAACUGCAGUUUGUAAUUUCUUUACAGAUGUAUAAAUGUGAGAAAAUAUCAGACAAAUUUAGUAAGUGUUCAUCCUGAAACAGGUAAAAAUACAUCAGUAUUUCCAUGCUGUAUUUUUUUUCCAGCCUAGUAGUCCGUGGUGAAAAGGAUGAACAUGCAGUGUUGUGCAGCAAAGAUAAAACUUAUGACAUGAAAAUAGCAGAUACCUCAAAUAUGCUGCUGUUUGUUCCUGGUUGCAAAACUCCAGAGGAGCUGAAUGCAGAUCCGGCAUCUUGUAAUAUUAUUCAUUCACAGAUUGCUGGUUUCUCCAAGAACUAUUGGGAAUUAAGGAGAUGUCGACCAAAACUGAAGAAAUUGAGGAAGCUUUUAAUGGAAGAUCCAUAUGAAGGGCCUGACAGUCGGAAAGAUCAGACUUCAACAUUUUCAAAGUAUACAACAGAAGAUUUAUUAAGUCUGAUUCAAGCAAGUGAAGAAGAAAUACUCCACCAAUUGCAGGUUAUAGAUGCCUGCAAAAUUGAAGGAUAUUGGAGAAUUCUACACUUUGACUAUGAGAUGAAACUCUUGAAUCAUGUGACUCAGCUAAUAGACUCAGAGUCCUGGCCUUUGAGUAAGGUUCCUUUAUGUGCCUGUCUUGAAGAACUUGGAUCUCUAGAACCCAGAGAGAUGAUAGAGCAUAUUCUUUUGAGCUAUGGCAGGAAAUAUGUUGAUGCAGGGGAGAUUUUCUUUGAAAUGUGUGAAGAUAAAAUAUGCAGAGCUAUAGCACAAAUGCUUUUGCAAAAUGCAGUUAAAUUCAAUCUGUCAGAGUUCGAAGAAGUCUGGCAACAGAGUGUUCCUGAGGGGAUUACAACAAGACUUGAUCAACUUCAGGGCUUGGCUCUUGUGGAUAAAAGUUCAAGACCAGAGACCAUCUGUCUACUAAAAGUGGAAGACUUACCUGAAGACAAUCAGGAAAGAUUCAACAGCUUAUUUCGCAUACGGGAAAAAUGGACAGAGGUGGAUAUUACCCCUUAUAUACAAGACUUGUGUGCAGAGAAGCAGACUGUUGGUGCUCUUCUGACAAAAUAUGCUCGCUGUUCAAUGCUGAAUGGUGUUAAAGUUUAUAAUUCUAGAAGGCCCAUCUCAUAAGAAGUAUUGUUUGAAGAACUGAGGAUACUGAAUAUAGCAACAUGAUUGUUACUUGAUGCUGCCUUCUGGGGAAAAGACUGCCAACCAUCAUUUUACAGUGUACUUGAGGUUAAGCUACCUGAACAUACUGUGUUUUCUGCUCAGCUAAGGAGAGUGUGAGGGGGCACUUGUGGCCUCUAAGGAAUGAGGUGAGGUGUGGCCUCACCUUCCUUUGCCAACCUUCCUUUGCCCAACUUCCUUUUCCUUUGUGUCUGGUUAAGCCAGGAGCCAAGCUACUUCUUGAAUACACUUAAUCUGCUUAUCCAUAAGUCUGAAAUGGAAAUUUAAACCUCCUUGAUAAUAAUGCAAUUGAUUGAAUUGAUUUGAUUAACAAAAUGAAAAUUUUAGUCUUCUGCCCAUUAGUGGCCAUUCUUAGUUUCAUUGCUUUCAUUCAGUGUUCACAUUUUGAAAAGCACAGAACUCAUAAGUCUCAUGAACAAAUCAUUCCCCAUUGAGACUGCACCUGACACUUUAAUACUUAGCAGAAUGGCCUUAUAUAUAUAUAUAUAUAUAUAUACAUAUACAUAUAUACAUAUAUAUAUGUUACAAAAAACACCUAAUUGCAGUGAAGCAUGAAUAUAAGAGAGUAGUUGGACAUUGUGUUAUGAAUUUCCUAUAAAGUGUCAUUAAAAUGUAGCAGAGGUAAAACUAAUGCUUUACAGAAAACUACUUAUACUUUUUUAAAAAGAGCCUACAAAACUUUGUAGUACAAUUAUUUUUGUAGUUUGUUAUGGUGUAUAACUGCACAUAGAAAUUGUGCCUUGAAACCUUACAUUAUAAUAUUGUUCUCUGUAGAGCAAUAUAACAGGAUGUUUUUAUGAUACCGCUGUGAAGUGGUGUGCCUGAGAUGGUAAUUUUGUAAUCAUUAAAAAGGAUUGUUUGCAUAUCUGUAAACCACUUUAAUAUUAGAUAGUUUCCAGAUUUAUAUUUUAAACUUAGCAGUUUUCUGUCAGACUCAUGUGAGGUAUGAAAUACCUUGAAACUGCCAGCAUUUCAGCUGUAGAGAGAUGAGUGGGGAGAGAAACUCCUCCUAAAUCAAAUGUAACUCUUAAGAUGCAGGAUGUGUAUACUUGGAAUUGGCUACAGAUAAAAGCUGUGGAUUGUUGUCCAGUGCUGCAAGGUCAGUGCCCUGUGCUUCUACAUUGCUGGUGCAGGGGUGUGGCGUUUGACCAGCUCUGUGGAGACCCAGACUGGCUUAAUGCUGGGAAGAACUGCCUUGUUUGCUGUCUGGUUCCAACAGCUGCACUUCCCCAAUAGGAAUAGGUUCCCUCCCAGAGAUAAAUGGUAAUAUGAAUGAAAAAACCUUGGAAAUUCUUUCCGUUGUAUCACAGAAGGCUCCUUAGUUGAAAUACACAACAUAAUUGUUAACUUUUGUAUUUGUGGUCCAAGUUUCUAUUUGCAUAUAUGUAUAAUAUUUACAUAGGGGGUUCUUUGUAAAACAAACAAGAAAUUAGGUAUUUCGUGAAUAGAGUUUUGUUACAGCCGCGAGAAGAGUUUGU